UGAUCGAGGGAGGAGGCAUCAUCAUCAUUUGGAUGCUUUUCAGAAUCUGAUUUAUUAGCAUCAUCGGCGGCAUCGGGAGUGCGGCCAGAAAAAGAGAAAAAUAAAACGAAGCGACAACAAGAUAUGAAGCUGGUCAAAGUGUGCUGAGUGCGGAAAUGGAAGCUGCUUACAGACAACCGAGCGAAGAAGCUAUGGAGUCGAAGAGCACCGACUUCAACCAUCUCACUGUUCUCCACAACGCUAUGAUUGUCACAAUGGAUCCCGACAGCCGUGUCUUCCGGAACGGCGGAAUUGCGAUCUCCGGCGACAAAAUCAAAGCCAUCGGUCACUCUUCCGAGAUUCUCCUCCAAUUCUCUGCUUCUGCCGACCACAUUAUUGACCUUCAUUCUCAAAUAUUGCUUCCUGGGUUUAUUAACACGCAUGUCCACACUUCUCAGCAGCUCGCGAGAAGCAUAGCCGACGAUGUGGAUUUGAUGACUUGGUUGCACCAUCGUAUUUGGCCCUACGAAUCCACCAUGACUGAGGAAGAUUCCUAUGUUUCCUCUUUGCUUUGUGGUAUAGAACUCAUUCACUCGGGUGUAACAUGCUUCGCUGAGGCAGGGGGACAACAUGUAUCUGGAAUGGCCAAGGCCGUAGAGUUGUUGGGUCUGCGGGCGUGCUUAACUCAGUCAAUAAUGGAUUGUGGGGAAGGAUUGCCAGCUCCUUGGGCUGCUGUAACCACUGAUGAUUGCAUUCAGUCUCAAAAGGAGCUUUACAAGAAGCACCACAACACAGCAGAUGGGCGCAUCAGAGUUUGGUUUGGUAUCAGACAAAUUAUGAAUGCAACAGAACGCCUAUUGAUCGAAACACGGGACAACGCAAUAAAACUAGAAACAGGGAUCCACAUGCAUGUUGCAGAGAUACCCUAUGAGAACCUCAAAGUGAUGAACGAACGAAAAGUUGAUCAUGGAACCGUUACUUACCUGGAUAAAAUACGGUUCCUCGGAAACAAUUUACUUUCUGCACAUACUGUCUGGGUCAAUGACAAUGAGGUGAGAAGUUGUAGUUUUCUUUCAAGGAAUGGGGUCAAAGUAUCCCACUGUCCUGCUUCUGCAAUGAGAAUGCUUGGAUUUGCACCUAUUAGAGAGAUGCUUGAUGCUGGUAUUUGUGUUUCCAUUGGAACAGAUGGAGCUCCGUCAAAUAAUAGAAUGAGCAUAGUUGAUGAGAUGUACCUUGCAUCACUCAUUAAUAAAGGCCGGGAAGUGUUUGUAAAUGGAACAACCAAUCCCUCUGUUCUUCCUGCUGAAGUAGUUCUACAAAUGGUGACAAUAAAUGGUGCAAAAUCAGUGCUUUGGGAGAAUGAAAUAGGAUCACUUGAAGUUGGGAAGAAGGCGGAUAUGGUUGUGAUCAAUCCUUCCUCUUGGUCCAUGGUUCCUGCCCAUGACAGUAUUUCAUGCCUUGUCUACAGCAUGAGGACUGAAAAUGUUGUCUCUGUAAUGUGCAAUGGCCGGUGGAUAAUGAAAGACAAGAAGAUCGUUAAUGUAAACGAGGAAGAUGUAAUAUUGAUGGCAAAAAAGGCUUGUAAGGAACUGGUUGAGAGAGCAGGAAUAAGAAUUCCGAACAGAAUGAACUUCAUCUAAUCGCCAGCAGGUUAUGUUCAGUUUCUUGGUUUUGAUUUUGAUCAAACUGUUUAAGCUUUGCGUAUGGAACUGAUGCUUUGUUGUGUUUAAGUGUUUGAAUGAAUUGAUAUCUUUGAGUUAUGUAUUAGCCACUUUAUCAUUAAGUUUCUCUAUACAAACUCAUCCAUUUAAGGAGUUUUGAGUA